AUGGUCACGUUAACCCUGCAGAAUACCGAGUUACCAAAAUUUUGGGAUUUAGAAGUUUUAGGAAUUAAAGAUCCAAUAGAAAGAAAAAAUAAGAUCCUUCUUGAAGAAGAAACUCUAACCCAUUUCAGAGAAACCUUAGAAGUUCUAGAAGGCGGACGAUAUGAAGUAGCUUUACCUUGGUUGUCUGGACAUCCACCUGUAUAUGAUAUGUACGAUGUCGCUGAAUCCAGACUACGUUCAGUAACAAAACGUCUAUUAAAAGAAAACAUCUACGAUGUGUACGAUGAUGUUUUGAGACAGUGGCAAAGAGAAGGUAUAAUUGAAGCUGUACCGCAGGACGAAAUUUCGAAACCUGGUCAUUAUCUUCCUCACAGGCCCGUUAUCAAACCAUCAAGUGCUACAACUAAGGUUCGACCAGUCUUCGAUGCCUCCUUUAAACGACCAGGUUAUGCUUCUCUAAACGAAUGCUUGAGUGUUGGACCUAGUCUUUCGGAACAGAUUCCCCCACUUCUGUUAAGAUUUCGCACUGGUUCUAUAGGAGUGAUUGCUGAUAUAAAACAAGCUUUCUUACAAUUGAGUGUCAAACCGGAGGAUCGUGAUUUUUUAAGAUUCUUGUGGUGGAAUUUCAAAGAUCGAUCAAAAUUAGAAUUCUGGAGGCAUUGUCGAGUAGUCUUUGGAGUGACUUCGAGUCCAUUUCUCUUGAAUGCUAGUAUUCGUCACCACCUUAAUUCAAAGGAAUACCAACUUGAAUCUCUUCAGCCGAUUGUCGAGAAACUUAAAAAGGGUUUCUAUGUAGACAAUUUGACUACCAGCGUUGAGGACCAAGAAGAGUUGGUGGAGUUCAAGACUGAGACGAUGAAGAUAAUGAAUGCUGCUUCGUUUGAAUUAAGAUGUUGGGCUCACAGUGGAGAUCAGAACCAGGAACGUCAAAAUGUUCUUGGUCUCGAGUGGGAUACAAAGACUGAUGAGCUGUACUGUGUUGGUCCUGAUAUAAGUUCCGUUGAAGUUGUAUCCAAGAGAAAAUUACUUUCCGUUGUUAACGGCAUAUACGAUCCUGUGGGUUUCACAUCUCCUGCGACACUGUUACCAAAAUUGUUACUCCAAGAAGCUUGGCGCAAUAAGUUGGACUGGGACGAACAGUUGCCUUCCGAAAUGCAGUUACGCUAUCAACGGUGGGCAAAGCAUUUAGAUCUUAUCCAGAAAUGUAGGAUCCCUCGUAGGAUAUUGCAUGGAACUUUCGAAAGGGCCAGUUUACACAUAUUUACAGAUGCAUCGGCUCAUGGGUAUGCCUGCUGUGCCUUUCUACGAUGUGGAGAAGAGGAGGAAGUGAGAGUCUCAUUAGUUUCAGCAAAGGCUAGAGUAGCUCCUCUUCAGAGACCAACAAUUCCACGAUUGGAGCUUUUAGGAGCCGCUAUUGGAGCUAGAAUUGCUUCAACAAUAUUAGAAACAUUUAAUUUGCCUUUAAAGACGUAUUUUUGGACAGAUUCCAUGAUAGUUCUGGGAUGGAUUACUAAAACAGAACCCUGGAAUACGUUUGUAGAAAACACAAAACGUUUAAAUUGGCCUUUAGGACGUGUCAUCAAACUAUAUCAAGGUAAGGAUAACAUCGAACGAGUAGUUAGAUUACGUGUGGCUAAUGGAGAAAUCAUCCGUCCAGUUCAAAGAGUCUAUCCUUUGGAAAUUAGUUCCAAUGAUAUCUCCAAAGAUAUACCCGAAAAUGUGGAAGAUGCUUCUGAUAUUACUGAUGAUGAUAUUGGAGUACCUGUUGCUUCAAAUGAAAAAUGCUGUCAACCUGAAGCAUUCCCCCAAGAAAAAUUACAGGCUGUGAAACAAACGCGAUGUGGUCGACGAGUUGUUCCUGUGAAACGCCUGGACUUAUAG